AUGCCAAAUUUUCAGCCUGAUCAGAGCUUGCGUGCGGCGAAUGCGGCGCGAGAAUAUCUUGACGGCGACUCGCUAACGCUGAUACACAAGACCAAUGAAGGCCUCGUAAAGAAGUAUAUCUGGCUUCUUCGCGCCAAUCUGGCUCUUCCAAGCGGGGAAAGGAGGCGCCCUACUGCUCUUACCGAUGCUGAAGAGAAGAGUCUACUCUCAUACGCAAGACUCGUCGAAGGCGGCACUUUCGCACUCACGGAGGCAUGCCUCAUCAAUAAGGCCAACUUUAUCCGCCAUCAUCGCCGUCAGGGCUUAACUUCUCAGGUGUCGAGAUCGUGGCUUACUCGCUUUAAACGGCGGCAUCCAGAGCUUGCCAUCAGGAGGGCUAGGAUCCAGGAGAUCACUCGCGCCGGCGCCGAGCUUGAGGUUGACGAGCUUGAGGCUUGGUUCCACGAAUAUCAGGCCGUUAUCAAGGAGCUCAGAAUAACGCCAGAAAAUCUAUGGAAUUUCGACGAAACCCCUCUUCAGCUUGGGUGGAUGAAGGGCUCCCUAAAGCUAGUGUCAUUACGGAUGAAGAGGAGCAGAAGGCCCGUCUUCUUCCAGCCUGGGAAUAAGGAGUCGUUAACAUCAUGCAAAGUCCUCCUUGAAGAAUACACGAUGGCUACAAUUAGCGACGACGUUGUCGUUACAUAUACAACAACAGGAUAUAACAAUAGCCAGCGGGCGUUCCAGUGGCUUCAGCACUUCAACCGCUACUCCUUUGCUAGAAACUGGUUCGGCUACCCGGCUACAAUCACACGGGAAGGCUGGGAUAAGAGCAAUGGGGAACGGCGUACAUUCUACACUCAGAAGACGAAGACGGUCUUCCGGCUGCUCGUUAUGGAUGGAUUUGCUGCACACGAGGACCCUGAAUUUAUCUGGUAUUGCGAGAUGUUCGAGAUCGUACCGUUCAAGCUACCAUCGCAUACAAGCCACCUCCUACAACCUCUUGACGUUGGCGUCUAUCAACAUCUCAAACGUGCACAACAAGGAGCCUUAAAGAAGUUCGUUAUCGGUGGCGGCACACGCAUCUCGAGAUUCGACUUUCUCUGCCAAUGGAAUGAGCUAUUCAGCGCCGCGUUUAAGGCUUGUUAUAUCUUUGUGGGCUUUGAACAUUUAUACAGCAUCAGCAAGACCGUAUCCAGCGAGAGAGGCGCAGAACCAAGACCCUACGCCGAAUCCGAGGCGUUGACGAUGGCGCCUUUACGAUACAGCAACUACGAGAAAGCGGCCGCCCGGCAGCAAGAAGACCAAGAGGCUAGUGCCAAGCGUGCUCUUAAGGAUAGCGAGACUCAAUUUCGACAUCUCCGUGCUAUGGAUGCCGCACAAACAGCGUCACAGCCUCGUCUACGCGGUGGAGCCGCCGUGGCGGCGAAAGCAGUAGAAGAGGCCAAAGCGCUGGACUACGGCUACGGAGGGCUACCGGUAUUUCCUAUGGGCAACACACCUAAAGGCGAUCUCACAGCUCUUCCUGAUAUCGUGGCCUGGUCACAAGCUCAGGAGGAGGCGCGGGCACAAGCUGCUGCCAACGUGGCCGACGAAGACUCUGAUAUCGAUCAUGACUAUAUAUCUAUGCUGCUUUCUUCAGAGCCGGAUCUCGCGCCUAAUAGCGACGAUGAUGAGGAUGACAUUCAGAUCAUAACAACACAGCGCCAACGCCCGCGUAUUGCGAGACCACCACUAUCGCAGCUUCCACUCGAGCAGCUUCCGCCACGGCAGCCGGUGCAAUUGAACGAAGAAGACGAGGCGGCGAUCCAGGCCGAGCUCAAGGAGGAACGCGUUAUCGUGGGUGUAUACAGCGACGAGGAUAAUGAAGAAGAGGAUGAGCCGGAGGUUGUUAUAUAUGGUAGACGAAUUGCUGUACCAAAGACGCGCGUGCGUCAGGCCUAG